GGGAUUACCGUUUUAUCCACAAACGUUGCCUUACUGAUCACGAUGAAUCAUUUUAAUUGCUUGUUGCCCAAAGAACGAUCAUCCGAAACUACGUCGUUCUUUGGCAGGGUACUUCCGUAAACUGACGUGAGGGGGUCGUUUUCUGACCUUUUUCCUUUUCAAUUUUUUUUUCUUCGUCCUCCGAGGCCAUUCAUUCGCUGUUUAUCACGGAGUGGGUUUGUGCUUGUGUAUGUAAUGUGUGUGUGUGUGUGUGUUUUUUUUAAUAAGUUCUUUCGUGAAUUUUUAGGCUCAUCUUUAAAACUAAACUAAACGAGAAAGUCUUUCUAUUUCAAACAUCGGAAAAACGAAGAAAAUAUUUGUUUUUCCCAGAAAUGGUCUGAAUAUGAAGCUUCAAACCCUACAGAUGAUCAAGACUCCGCCACCACCACGACCACCAUCGCUUCAGCUGGCCAUACCGGGCAACAUGGCCUACCAUCGGAGAAUAUGGCACUAUGGCGGAGUAUUUAAAUUAAUGGUGGCUUUUCUAUUUUGCCUUGGUAUUGUGGCUACGUGUGAACCAUGUUCGGUGUCUGGGGUGCAGCAUCAAGUGGAAAAUGAAGCAUGUAGGUUGUGCAGAGAUGGUGGUGAGUCAGAUUAUCAAGGUGUAUUUACUGGUGAUGUUGGUUCAGGGUUUGCAUUAGAUAAGCUAGAGCCCCAUGCAAGUCUUGAUUAUGUAUGUGGGAAUUCAAAUUUGUUCUGCUUUUGGUCAACAUUGCCUGGAUUAUCACGCCCAGGGCAUGUUGUUCAAUCUACAUCAGCUGAAGUUUCUGGGGUUCAAUCGGAUGUUAAAUUACAUGAAAUGCCAAAUCAUGCGAGGACUAAUAUUAGUUGGUCAUCAAGUUGUGGUAUUAUUAAGUUCUCUAGUGGUAGGACUAUUUCUUGCUCUCUGAACCAGCAAUAUGGUUGUAAGGAACUGCCCAGUCGUCCUCUAGAUAGUAGUGAGGGAAACGAUGUUUUGUCCUGUAGAGGAUCGUUUCUUGACCAUAAAAGUCAGUUUUUUGACUCAAAAGAGGAUGCAAGGAUGAGUGACAGUUCUUCACCCCACGUAGAAAUAAGCCCUCCCCUUUUGGACUGGGGAGAAAGGAACUUAUAUUUCCCCUCUUUAGCAUUUUUAACAGUCACAAAUGCACACAGUGACAAUAUUUUGACCAUUUAUGAACCUUAUAGUACCAACUCUCAGUUUUAUCCGUGCAAUUUUAGUGUUGGUUACGUCUAUGGACGAAAUUGCUGCAACAACCUGCUGCAAUUUUCAGUUAGCCCAAAAGUGAUCGUGCGAUGGGAAAGGAGAAUGAACUAA